CUAUGAUUGUACAGUAAGUACCAUGAGCUCUGCCUCCUUCCCUCUCGCUGCAGCGAUGAAAGCAGAGGAGAUAAUCGAGACUAACCCGUGGAUGUGCCAUAAAACUGUUCGUUAGAGCUGAAAUAUUCCUUUUCCAGCUCUUAGCCCGGCCAGCUCGCAGCUCUCCGGUUGUUAAGUCGAAGAUAAACAGCUAUCUGUGUGAGAGGCGAACCUGAGCAAGCCGAGAGCGACAGAGGGGGGUUUAUCGGCCCACUGCAGUCUGAAUCAACGCAGACUCGCCCCGCCGCUGGUUCAUCAUCGACGACAUUUGCCCAUCGACGGGCACAUCGCCUUGGAGGAGGAAAGCAUCGGGAAGAGACGGGAGCCAAGCCCGUGUUUGACCCUUUGCCGCAGCCCUGAGGUGCGCUGCCUGUCAGGGAGUGCUAAAUAAUGAGCCAAAGGGACACACUGGUUCAUCUGUUCGCUGGAGGAUGUGGUGGCACAGUGGGCGCAAUUGUGACUUGUCCUCUGGAGGUUGUGAAGACCAGACUGCAGUCCUCCUCCGUCACUUUCUACAUCUCUGAAGUCCAGCUCAACACCGUCAAUGGAGCCAGUGUGGCCCGUGUCGCUCCACCAGGGCCUCUGCACUGUCUCAAGUUGAUUCUAGAGAAAGAGGGACCUCGUUCACUCCUCAGAGGACUGGGCCCAAACAUCGUGGGUGUGGCACCUUCCAGAGCGAUCUACUUUGGGGCCUAUUCGACAGCCAAGGAGAAGCUGAAUGGCGUGCUGGAGCCGGACUCUACCCAGGUGCACAUGGUGUCGGCUGGGCUGGCAGGGUUCACCGCCAUCACAGCCACCAAUCCCAUCUGGCUGAUCAAGACCCGCCUGCAGCUGGAAACCAGGAACAAGGGUGAGCGGCGAAUGAACGCCUUCGAGUGCGUGCGGCGGGUUUACCAGAUGGACGGCCUGCGAGGCUUCUACAGGGGAAUGUCAGCCUCAUACGCUGGCAUCUCUGAGACCGUUAUCCACUUUGUCAUCUAUGAGGGCAUCAAACGCAAACUGCUGGAGUACAAGGCCCGCUCCAGCAUGGACAAAGAGGCAGAGACUGUGAAGGAAGCCUCAGACUUUGUGGCCAUGAUGUUCGCAGCAGCCACCUCCAAGACCUGCGCCACCUCCAUCGCCUACCCUCAUGAGGUGAUCCGCACGCGGCUACGAGAGGAAGGCAGCAAGUAUCGCUCCUUCUUCCAGACUCUGCUGUUGGUAUCCCGGGAGGAGGGAUACCGGGCGCUGUACCACGGCCUAACCACCCACCUCGUCAGACAGAUCCCCAACACGGCCAUCAUGAUGUUCACCUACGAGGUGGUGGUCUACCUGCUCGGCCGUUAGCCCACCAGGUACGUCUCCUUCUCAUUUAAAGAGGGAGUCAAUAAGCAAAUGACUGAGAAGAAAGCCCUUGGGGGGGGGGGAAGGCUAGACGACAUGUUAAAAUGAAGACCAAAGGAAAACCGAUAAUACUCUAAUGGACCAGAAGAAAAAAAAAAAAGACAAAAGAUGAGGAAAUUGGAGGAAGGGAAAUCCCUUUCUUCACCAUAUCAGCAUCAACACCUCCAGUUCCUUGAAACCGAUAGAGUUGGCUACAGUUCCCAAAAAAAGGUCAUAGGAGGAUAAAUGAGGCACUGACAGUAUAAAUACAGAGUUUGGCACCUUGCAAACUAAGGCCACCCCUAAAAAAUACAAUAAUUUAAGCACAAUUCAGUGGCAUUAACUGAAAAAGGUUUUAGUUUGUACGCUUCCCUUGAAAAACUGCCUUUCCACUCAAUGAUAUUUUAAAAGGGGGAUGCUUGGAGGCAAUUACAAUUGGACAGGAGAAAUUAAAACUAAUGUAGGUCAAUGGUUCUCCAUUGGCACUAUUUGUCUGCACUGGUCUUGCUUCAGUGCUGUGAGACUAGUUUACUAUCAGACGACUGGCAGUUAGCCGUGUAAGCAGAAUGUCAGAAGGAAGCAGGAAACAAAGACUUGGGUCUGUUUUAAAGUCACCAUCUUUGCACUACAAAAAAGUGUGGCUUCAAGCAUUCCCCUCUCAACAGUGCAGCCCCCCUCCCCCUAUUGAUGGCCUGAAGUUUAAACACAGCAGUGAGCUUUCUUGCCUUAAACAGGAAAACACAGAGAUGAGCUUGUGACGGCCUGUCACUCCCACACAUGCCUCAGAAACUGGCUUGUGUUUCUUAAGAUUUGGAUGAAAGGCUGAUAUUCAGUGUUUCCCCCAUUGCUCUAUAACUCUACGCCUGAUAGUGACCUGCUUCGGGUGAAGUUGGCCUUCUGUGUCCACAGUUUUUAUUUGUUAACACCAAAAUAAGAUUGGCAAAGAAGGCCAGCUUCGGCCUGCACACAGUCGCUGGACAGGACUUUAAAUAUCUUGUGUGAAAAACACGAGACUAACGUGUCCUUUCGUAUCCUCUAUUUUCUGAGAUGUGUGUGAUGUUCAAAAGGUACCAAGACUAAAGUAUAUAUUAUUGGAGUGCCACUACUUGAAUAAAAUGUGACGGUGUGGGGAAAUGUUGGAGCGGGAGAAUGUUGUUGGAAGUUUCAUCAUCGCCCCAUUACCUGUUUGUGUGUGACAGUGUGAGUGUAGGUUUAACACGUGGGUCACUUUCUCGCCCGACUAUGUUUUAAGAAUGUGUGUGUUUGAGCCUCUGCGGUUCGUGUGUGCCUGCAUGUAUAUUAAUUAUUAUCUACUCCAGAUUUCCCUCCACUAACAAUUCAUCUUGCAAGACACUGGGUCUGAGUGUGGAGACGCUCCCACUCUUACGCCAGUCCUUCCUUCCAGUGGCUUCCAACUGACCUGAUAACAUGCACUUUUGUGGCCUUUUAGGGCUUAUGCUUGCAUUUUAUUGUGUGGACAGUUUGAACUUGUACAUUGUAGAAGUAAAAAUAAGUAUUACUUUAUAUCAAAAUGGUAUUUUGCGCAACUGUUCUUAAAGCAGAUAUAUUGUACAGUUUAGAUUCCUGAGUAGUUGUGAAGGAUGUCCAAAUGUGUGUGUAUAUAAUAUAGAUACUGUAUAUGCAUAUCAUCUAUUGUUUUUUGUUCUUAGGCCCGUGUACGAUCAUGCUGUAGUUUGCAAUUUAUUGGUGCAUUUUUGUGCAAUCUAACCUUGUUUGACAUUGACUGUUGACAAUUGAUUUUGCUUGACUGAUUUAUCUUUCAGUAUAAACUGUGAGUUUAUUUGUGUGUCACUGUAACCCUUCAUGCAAACAUUUAUGCUUCUGCUUACACUUACAAACUCUGCAGGACAAAUACUUACAUGAACGCAUUUGUGCAGGAGCGCUGGUUACUCGGUUUUACUGCUUUCAUAAAACUGAUCCAUAUUGCAAAGUUUGGAUGUUCGCGUCAUUGGUAUUGUUUACAUUGUUCGAUCUUUCUUUCACGUUUUUGGUUCUCCUGGCAACAUGUUGUGAAUAUGAAGAUGUUAUAACUUUAAUGUGAGAGUUCAACAACUGGAAUUGUCUUUCUACAACACUGUACACAGUUGGAACUGUUAAAAACUGAACACAAAACAUAAUUGCUAAUCUGUUACAGAAAGGGUUGUUGGUGAAAGUAUCAUCAACAUUCAGUUAAAAAGUGAAUAUACUAUACAUAAUGGUUUUCUUUAGGAAAACCCGAUAAACACAUUUCAAAUUGUACCCAACACGUAAUCAAAUUUACCUUAAAAACGUUUACGAUGUUUGUAAUCAAGGUCUCCGUUCACAGUAUACAACCGCAGCAUAUUCAUUCCCCAUAUGAAAAUGAUAAAGUCUGCACAGCUUUCAUGUUGAAUAAUAAGUAUUGUAUUUAAUUAGCCAAUUAUAGUAAAAUACGGUGCAUUCAGGCAUAAUAUUCUUAAACGUGUUGCAGUACACUUUAAGAGGCUUGUGUUGUAAUAGUUCUGUCUUUGGCUACAUUGCAGUAAUACAUGAGGUCAAAUAACAAUAAUGUGAAACGUACAGACAACUGGACAAACAUUUCACUCUGCUGUGUAGCUCUCAUUUCAGUGUUUGUAUGCAAUCCACUUUCUUUUUGUAUGGUUAACCUGGAGCCUCAAGCAGGGUUCAAUGAAACCUGCCACAUUGGUUUGUGCCAGCUCAAUCGUUGAUGGAUUUUUUUGUUUGUUUGUUUUUUCAACAAAAAUAAUAAAAAUCCACUUGCAACUAAA